AGAGAAGUAACUGAUAAGCACGUGAAGGACAGCGCCAGCGGAAAAACAAACAAACUCUGGAAGCCAAAUUCACUCUCGCAACAUCACUGUCAAGCAACUUUGUUUCUGUUUCUUGUUAUUACAGAACUGAGAGAGAGAGAGAGAGAGAGAGAGAGAGAGAGAGAGAGAGAGAGAGGUUUCUGAACUUCCUUUUCUUUCUCCUCCACCGCCUUGCAUGGACUGAGAGCAGCGUCUUCCAUUUCGCCAGUGAAAAUGUGUUCUGCAGAGAAGGAUCAGGGGAUCAUGUUAUUCGGCGUGCUGCUCACCGUACCCGAUAAUAACAACAACUCUUUCAGGAAAAGCGCCAGUAUGAACAACCUCUCUCAAUAUGAACCCUCACCGCCCCACGAUCCCAACGCAGGCUACGCCUCAGACGACGUUGUUCACCCCUCCCGUCACACCCGCGAGCGCAAGCGAGGGGUUCCAUGGACGGAAGAGGAGCACAGGCUGUUCCUGUUGGGAUUGCAGAAUGUUGGCAAAGGAGAUUGGAGAGGAAUUUCCAGAAACUUCGUGAAGACUCGGACGCCAACUCAGGUGGCUAGUCACGCUCAGAAGUACUUUCUCCGUCGUCACAGUCAUAACCGCCGCCGCCGGAGAUCUAGUCUCUUUGACAUCACUACCGACUCGGUAAUGGAAGAAGAACAAGAGAUGUCAUCAGUUAGGCCGAAACCCUUUUUGCCGGUGCCGCCGUCUUCGAAGAUGGCUGAGUUGGACUUGAAUGAGAAGGUUUCUGGCUCUGCUCUUACUGAGUCUCUGCCAUUGUCGCUGAAUCUUCCAACUUCGCCAUCGUCCAAGGAGCAUUCGCCGCGGACUAGUACCCACUCGCCGUCGUCUUUUCAGCCUAUGUCUACUGAGAGUUUAGGCAGUGGCAGUGGCGGGGAUAGCAUUAUCAGUGUUGCUUGAACAAGGAAGAGAAAAAAAAAAAACAGAAAAAUAUUGGGGACUGAAAAAUUUAUUGUGGUCUUGGUUAAUUUUUUUUUUUCUGUAAAGCUGGAAUUGUGUCAACUAAAAAUUGUCGACGAGUUGUAAUUUAGAACAAGAGGAUUAGACAUUUUAAUUAAUAAUUAGAUAA